GGGUGAGUGCGGGCGCCCCCGCCAGCUGCAGCCAGAGGUGCCGCGCGCCGCCAGCCCCGGCCACGGCUGCACCGGAGCGGCUGCACCGAACCCAACCGGAGCGAGCCGAGGCGGCGGCCGGCAGCCCGAGCACAGCAUGGCCGAGCCGCCGGCCGCGCCGGGCCCCGAGGGCGAGGAGGGACCCGUGCGCUUCGCCCGCAAAGGCGCCCUGCGGCAGAAGAACGUCCACGAGGUGAAGAACCACAAGUUCACGGCGCGGUUCUUCAAGCAGCCCACCUUCUGCAGCCACUGCACCGACUUCAUCUGGGGCUUCGGCAAGCAGGGCUUCCAGUGUCAAGUUUGCUGCUUCGUCGUGCACAAGCGGUGCCAUGAGUUCGUUACGUUCUCCUGCCCCGGUGCUGAUAAAGGCCCUGCCUCGGAUGAUCCCCGGAGCAAACACAAAUUUAAAAUCCACACAUACUCCAGCCCCACCUUCUGUGACCACUGCGGGUCCUUGCUCUACGGGCUCAUUCACCAGGGGAUGAAAUGCGACACCUGUAUGAUGAACGUGCACAAGCGCUGCGUGAUGAACGUCCCCAGCCUGUGCGGGACGGACCACACCGAGCGGCGGGGGCGGAUAUACAUCCGGGCUGACAUCGAGAAGGACGUGCUCACCGUCGUAGUAAGAGAUGCUAAAAACCUAGUUCCUAUGGACCCCAAUGGCUUGUCAGAUCCCUACGUGAAGCUUAAACUAAUCCCUGACCCCAAAAAUGAAAGCAAACAGAAGACCAAAACUAUCAAGUGCUCCCUGAAUCCUGAGUGGAACGAGACAUUUAAAUUCCAACUGAAAGAGGCAGACAAAGACAGGCGGUUGUCUGUGGAGAUCUGGGACUGGGAUCUGACCAGCAGGAAUGAUUUCAUGGGCUCCUUGUCCUUCGGGAUUUCUGAGCUGCAGAAGUCAGGGGUCGAUGGAUGGUUUAAGCUGCUCAGCCAGGAGGAGGGGGAGUAUUUCAACGUCCCGGUGCCUCCGGAAGGAGAAGAAGGAAAUGAGGAACUGAGGCAGAAAUUUGAGAGAGCCAAGAUUGGGACCGGGUCCAAGGCUGCAGAUGAGAAGACCACAAAUGCCAUUUCCAAAUUCGACAACAACGGGAGCAGAGAUCGGAUGAAACUUUCGGAUUUCAAUUUCCUGAUGGUGCUCGGAAAAGGCAGCUUUGGGAAGGUGAUGCUGGCAGAGAGGAAGGGCACCGAUGAGCUCUAUGCCGUCAAGAUCUUGAAGAAGGAUGUUGUUAUCCAGGACGAUGACGUCGAGUGUACGAUGGUUGAAAAACGCGUCCUGGCUCUCUCCGGGAAGCCUCCAUUCCUAACCCAGCUCCACUCUUGCUUCCAGACAAUGGAUCGCUUGUAUUUUGUGAUGGAAUACGUGAAUGGUGGGGACUUAAUGUACCAGAUCCAGCAGGUUGGAAGGUUUAAAGAGCCGCAUGCUGUAUUCUACGCAGCAGAAAUAGCCAUUGGCCUCUUCUUCCUGCAGAGCAAAGGCAUCAUUUAUCGAGACCUAAAGCUGGACAACGUGAUGCUGGACAGCGAGGGGCACAUAAAGAUCGCAGACUUUGGCAUGUGCAAGGAGAACAUCUGGGACGGGGUGACCACCAAGACCUUCUGCGGCACUCCAGACUACAUUGCACCCGAGAUAAUUGCUUAUCAGCCCUAUGGGAAGUCCGUGGAUUGGUGGGCAUUUGGAGUCCUGCUCUACGAGAUGUUAGCUGGCCAGGCUCCCUUUGAGGGAGAAGAUGAAGACGAGCUCUUCCAGUCCAUAAUGGAGCACAACGUAGCCUACCCCAAGUCCAUGUCCAAGGAGGCAGUGGCAAUCUGCAAAGGGCUGAUGACCAAGCACCCUGCCAAGCGACUGGGAUGUGGCCCAGAAGGGGAGCGGGACAUCAAGGAGCACGCGUUCUUCCGCUAUAUCGACUGGGACAAGCUGGAGCGGAAGGAGAUCCAGCCUCCAUUCAAGCCAAAAGCUUGUGGACGCAGUGCUGAAAACUUCGACCGAUUUUUCACUCGCCAUCCACCCGUCCUAACACCUCCUGACCAGGAAGUCAUCAGGAACAUUGACCAGUCAGAAUUCGAAGGAUUUUCCUUUGUUAACUCUGAGUUUUUUAAACCUGAAGCCAAGAGCUAAGUGGCCGUGUAGAUCUCAUCCCUGCAUCUCUAUCAUCCAGUCCCAGCUGCUGUUGUGGUGACAUUUUCCAUUGCAAAACUCUCAUUCAUGGUUUUUCUUUAGUACUGCUGCUAGAGUGACCAUGUUUCAAAGCCAGAAGUGUCCUCACACGAUUCGGGGCAUGCCUGAGGGGCAGGAGAUGUGCAGUAAGCACUGAGAAUGUGCUCUUAUGGCAGUUUAUUUGCAGAAAAUGAGGACGGUUCAUUGGUGAACCAGGAAAAUGGAGAGGUGCAGGCCACAGCAGUCAGGAGAAAUCUCUUCAGCCUGUGCUCUGAUUCCUGCUCUUCCCUUUUUCUAGUCUUUUAAUAUAAUAAUGAAAAUUUAAUAUUUAGCCUUUUUAACAAGUAAGUGUUUUUAAGGAAACCUUUCCCCAGCGUGAGUGCACACCCCGCCGCGCGGCUGCUGCCGGCUGAGCCUCUCUGCUCCUCCCAAACCCCAGCACUUGCUCCCAGGAGCUGAAACGCUGAUUCCGGCUCCUUUUGCAGCUCGGUGGGAACCUCAGCACACCCCUCGCACGGACACGGCUGCGGGCAGGCGUGGGUCCCUGCGCUGGGGCAGCAGCAGCGAAGAAUUCUUGGGGGAGCCAGGUCUGCUCUGUGCAGAGAUUUCUCCUGAUUGUGCAGUUCUUAAGCAGUGUUUUUUAAAUCAAAAUAAACAUAUCCAGGUGUAAAUGGGGAAUUAGAAAGAGCUGUUGCAGAUGCUUUCGAAUCCAUGGUCACCCUAGUAAAUACCACACGACAUCGGUUCUCAUAGCAAAACUUGUUCUUUUUUUUCAAAUGCCAAAACCAUUGAGUUUGUUACCUGCGCUUUAAAUGUGUCAAAAAAAUGAUAUUAACACAAACGGGAUGCUAUUUAACUUUGAACAGUAUUGUGAACUCUGGUAUGAAGCUUGUAAAGAAACUUGUUUCAAGUAAUAGUCCUACUUUAAAAAAAAAAUAGAUAUUUAAAUGGCCUAUGUUUUGUUUCUGGCAUCAAAGAAAACGUUUCAGGAGGGAUGAAUCUCUCUUGAAACGAUAACGAUCGUGCAGCUUCCUUUUACACUGUCCUGCCGAUGUUUGUGGGCUCUCACUGUAUCAAUCUGCUUCCGGUGUAAUGUGCCAAUUAUUUCCCCCUCGAUACUGAUUAUAAAAUAAAAAAAUGAGAAAUCAUGUCAAAGAAACCUACGUGUGUUUGGCAAUGAUGAGUUUCUACAGUUCUGAGCUCAGAGAUGCCAGCAGCGCCGUGGGUCGGGGGCUGGAAGCUGCCCGACUGCUCGGGGGCGCCGGCUGGCGGCACGGCGAGUCCUCGAGAUGCCCGGGGUUGCAGCGCAGGCAGGAACCCCACAUCCCAAUGCCACCUCCUGCAUCGCCGGCGGAGUUACGGCAUUUUCGUCUUCUGCAGCAUUCGUCUCCAACAUGAGGUGCAACGUACUGGAAGAGUCUCUCCAGCGGAGAGUAAACACCUGCAUGUCCUCUGCAUCGGAUGGCGCUGCGCAGCCUGCAACCCUGCUCACUCCUCCUGCUCAAGUGUGGAUGGGAAAAGGAGCUUCUUUCCGAUGUCUCUUGGAGGAAGGAUGGUCUGGGGCAUCUCGCAAGCCACUGCCGAGGCGAGCAGAGCUCUUGAAAUGCCUCAAAUAGGGACAGCUGCGGUAUGCGCUUGGAUUUCUGGAGACUGCAGAGACAAGACUCUCGGCAAGGCAGUGCUGUGUGUCGGUGACUCAUCGCCCUGCCUGCGCUCUCCCAGGAGCAGUUGUUAAAAGCAAUUGGCAGCUUCAGCUAAAGAGGGAUUACAGGUUCCUGUUAACCUCCCUUCUCUCCAGCGCACACAGAAUUUCCCUUCUGCCUUUGGAAAUCCGCUUCUGCUGAACUGCUGCGGUUCUGGACUCUGCGGGAUCGUUCGGAAGGACACCGAAUGGCAUCGGCUCCUGCCCAGCUUCCUCUGCCACGCCGCCCUGGAGCUCCGCCACAGGGAAGGGGUUCUGUGGCGGCUGGGAGGAUGCCCAUCCUCUAGGGUCCAGCACAAAUGCUGUUGUGGGCCAGGCAUGCCCUGCAGCGAACGGCCCAAGACGUGUGGAGCCUUGGUGCCUCUGCCACACCAUCCCACUGUGGUCCUUGUCACCUCCCAGAGUGAAGCACCCCUUUGCUGCAGGUAUUUUCAGCCUUGAGCUUCCUCAGCCUUUCCCUCUCUCUCUUUACCAGAUCCACGUAGCCGCUCCCUACCCACUCCCAGUCCAUUCAUCAUCUUUGACAAAGCCAAAUUUCUACCAAUUUCAGAUGAAAGUAAAGGUAAGGGAUCGGCAAACCCCACUUUCUGCGAUCACGGCGGGACUUUACUGGUGCUGCGCGUUCCUGCCAAACCCCUGGAGGAGUGAAAGGGGGAAGCUGCCGGAGGACGCUGUGCAGGGGGUGAGCUGCCCUGAGCCCCCUCCCAGGCACAUCGCAGCCUUUGCCAGAGCUUUCUGCUGCUGAAAAGCAGCAGGCGGUUCUGCUCACCUGAGGGCUCACAGGCUGAGCACUUGCCCUUUCUGCUGCCAACAGCAGAGGCCACUCCGAAGGGCUGGGGACGCUGGUGGCGAUUUGCACCAGCAGCAAAUGUGGAUAUUUCGUUCCCCUUUUGCAGCAUCCCACAUGUUCCUGCUCAGGUGAAGCUCCUGGCUCAGCAGAAUGGAGUUGUCUCGACACACGUUGGUUCAGAUGGAUGUAGCCUUCAGGAAGCACGUGGUCAGCUCAACAUCCCUCCGAGAGCAGGACAUGAGUAGCUUCUUUGCAGCAAAGGGCAGUGCCUCUGCUCUUCCAUAGCUCCAUGCCAGCCCCUCUCCUCCAUGGGGAUGCUGCCUUCCAUCGAGAUGGGCUUACACUUGACUUUCAACCACUUCAUCCUUUGCCUGGCAGAACUUUGCACCUGAAGUUGGCUCCUUCACCCCAUCUGCCCUUACCCACUUCUACUCUGUGCACCCCAAACUGCCUUUUCUUCCUUCUCUGUGCUGGGGACAGAAGCCCUGCCGGGUCUGUCACCUCCUGAGUGUCACCUGUCCAAGAGCGAAGGCAAACGCGCAGCUCCUGCUCCGGAUGAGCUGGGACCCGCAGGCACUGGCUGCUUGGGAUGUCAGUGCCCUGCGCACCACUGCAUGUUCAAAGCUUCUCUGGCUUGACAGCACGGCCACAUCCUGGCUCUUUUCCUGGGCUUUGUCUCUGCACCUUGAGCUCCAUCUGUGUUUUUCUUCCCACCUUGUCUCCUCUCGGCUGUUCUUGGCUCUCUUUCUGCUCUGGUCUUCCUCCCCCAAGGCUGAAGCUCUCCUCAUGGGUUGCCUCCUACAGCAAGUGGAAUCUCUGAGCACCUGGGGAGCUCCUGGGCUGCUGCUGGCGUUGGUGCUCAUCUUCCACAGGCUCAGGCCGGCUGCGGCUGCACACGCAGGAGGAGGGCAGGGAGGACCUGGCUCUUGGCUGUAUCCUGGCCGUGCUCCUGCUUGAGGCAUGAAGGAGUUGACGGCUCUGCCCCAGCAUCCCUGGGGAGCGGCAGUCAGCAGUGCUAUCAGGAGGAGAGGUGCUGCAGCGAGGACACAUCGUGCCACCCGCCGGGUGCUUCAUUAGGAGGGAGCAGCCGGCGUGGUCCCUCCUGCAGCCGGCAGCAUGUGUGUCUGCGACGGUGGAGCAGCAGGGGGGUGAGGGCAGUGGGUCCCCCUGCAGUCACCCCUCAGUGCCCACUGGCAGCAAACAAGCUGGAGUUGGAAAUCUCCAGCAGCAGAGCGCAGGUGAGCUCCCGGCACUGCAGGGGCCUCAGUCCAAAAAAAAAAAUAAAGGGCAUUUUGCUGUUUUCUGCAAAGCACCACAACUGUGACCUGGACACCUCCAGUGCUGUGGGGCAUCGGGGUGGCUGUGCAAACACAUGGUGGGAAGUGCAGUGCUCUCCGGUGAGGCUCAUCCAGCCCCAGAGCACUGCUGUGGAUCUCCCACCCAUCACCCCGCAGCAUCCCAGCCCUGUGCCCGCUGCGCGGCCUUUACAGGCUGUUAGAAACACGGGGAGAGGGCUGCGAAUGCCUGCGCUUCCAUCCCAUUCCAGCCUCUACGCAGAGGCAUGGAAGAAGAGAUAGAAAAAUCUUUUGUCCCUGCUUGCUUUAAUAAUGAGGCAAAGCAGAGCAGGUUCCCAGCCCGCAGCUGCCGCGCUGCAGGGAGCAGGGCGUCCCUCCAUAGGAUUUUCACUGAUGAAGAAUACUGGGAGCUCAGAUUGUAUUUUCAGUCCUCCGGUUUCCCAUUCAGCUGAGGCAUCGUCACCGCCAGCAACCAAGAUAUCCCUUAAUUGGGCAGUCUCUGAUGUGCACACGUUAUAACAGCAGCCCCAGCACUUCCACCCAACGGGCUCUGCGGCGCCACGAGCAGGGAACCAGCUUGAAACGACACAAUCACUUUCUGUUUUGUUCUUUUUUUGGGUUGGAUGCAGCUGCGAAGUUUUCUUAUGGAAUUCAACCUAUAAGAUGUUGCGUACAUGGUAUUUUCAUUUUUCGAGGUUCUGAACUCCUGUCUAUUUUCUAUACACAGCCCUGGAGCAAUUUACAUCCUCCCAUCACUAAAACACGGUGUUGGUCAAUGCCAUAUCAUAGCAUUAUUAUAAAAAAUCAAGUUAAAGCACAAGGACCUCUUCCAGCUGAUUAUUUUGCACAAAUAUUGAAAUCGUAUUAAAUGUUUACUUCCAUUUUGAGGCAUGUUGCUUCCUCCAGGUCCUUCCUUCUACACACUGCGAGUCUCUUGUUUGCGGUGAUGGUUUUGCAUGCUGAGAAACUGCUCUGUCACUCUCUCUUACAGCAGCCAGGAGAGGAGGGAUGCUCAGCCUGGGAGCGCCGUGGUCCUCCCCGACAGCCUGGGCUCUCGUCAUGCCUCUUUACUUUCCGGUUGUGUGUUUUGAGAGUGUUAAACUUGCAUUCUUCUGUUCUUGAUCACAGUGUGGGGUUGUUUCUGUCAUACAGGGGCUGUGCUGCGUGCCUGGAGGUGCGGUCCUCGUCUGAAACCAGUGUGGAGAUGCGGAGCUCUCCCGGCCCCGCAUCCUCGUUCGUGCUCGCUUGUGCUUUUGCUGAGUUUAACUCUGUGCUUUC